AUGCAACAAUCGAGAGUUGAACAAUAUAUUAGCAAAUUUGAGAAUCGAGAAUGGAAUAAAAUAACAAAGAAUGCUCCACUGUUCAUUGAAGCUCUAUCGCACGUAUCGAAUCUUCUCUUCAAAGAGCCGGAUGCUUUUCUAGAAGAUCUUGAAGAAGUUUUGAAAAAAGAGAUGAGAAACACAAAUGUUGCCAAGAGGAUAUUAGAUGUUAAUUUGAAACAUCUGGAUAUAAUCGUUAAAUCAAAACAUAUGAAAGAUCUUCCUCGUGUUUAUCUCAGGGCAGUCAGAAAAGUUCUAAAGGAAUUACAUCGUAUUGUCAAUAACAUUGACAAAGAUUUCAGAAUGAAACAAGAUGUAAAAAAAAUUGGUCAUAUGAUGGCAUGUUGCUCCAACUCUGGAAUCGAAUCACGAACAGAAGCUAGAUCACAUUUUCCACCUCAUAGGGAAAGGAUCCAGGAUGAUCAAUCUGGUGCAAGUGGAUCAUCAGAAAUGAGAGCAGUCCCAGCACACUCAUGUGCACAAAGAAUUCCUUCCCAAAGAUGGUUCUUUGAAGGAAACUAUGUCACCAAUACUGUUACUACUGUUCCAGUCGUGAUAGGACCACACGACAGUUGGCAGCAAGCAACGCAAAAUACUGGUAACCAUUAUUCACAAUCGCAUAUUGAACCGCAAAUGACUCCUCAACUACCAUCUUCAAAUAUUUAUCAAAGUAGUGCUGUUGAACCAAUAAAACGAGAUGAGACACGAACCAUCUCGUUACCGUCAUCAGAAAUAAGUAAUGAUAACUCAAGUAAGAAAAGAAAGGCUUCUAUCGAACCUGUAUCUUCUGUUCCAUGCAAAAAAAUACUCACAGUUCAAGAGGAAACAAGCUGUGAAUUGCCAGUGGAACAACCAUUGUUUGAAAGAAUUAUUCCGAAGAACACAGAACCUUUGAUGGAUUUACCGUUUUCAGAAGCGCAUACCAAAACAAAAAUUGUUGGAAGAUUUUCAAGAAAUGAGAUACCACUUGGGCCUCUGACAACCGCAAGCUCUGAGAAUCAACCAAUCGUGAACGCAAGCGAAAAGACAAGUGAUGAAUAUGACUAUGUAGACCGUCUUCAUGAUAUGUUGCUGCAAAUGGAAGAAAGGGAUAGAGAAGAAAAGAGCAAACUGUGGAAAAUACAAGAAAAUCUGGAUCUCUCAAAACUGACAGAGAAAACAUCAAUUGUUGAGAAUUCUUCAAGAAGUGAGAUACCAAUUGAUCCUCGGACAACUGGAAGCUCUGAUAAUCAAGCAAUCAUGAACGCAAGGGAAGAUACAAGUGAAGUAUCUCAAGACACUGACAACGACGUUUCGAACAUUGACGAGGAAGAUAUCGAUGUCACGAAAUAUCCCAUUGGGGGUUUCACCGCUGAUUCUGUGGAAGAUCUUUUUUUAAUGUUGCCAAAGGAAGAGAGGGAAAGAGAACAUGAAGAUAAGAAAAAACUGCGCAAAUUUGAAAAAGAUCUGGAUCUUCCACAACUGGCAGAGAAAACAUCAAUUGUUCAAAAUUCUUCAAGAAGUGAGAUACAAAAUAACACUCUGACUACCGAAAGCUCUGACAAUCAACCAAUUGUGAACGCAAGGGAAACGACAAAUGAUGAAUAUGAAGAUACAAACAAUAACGUUUCGAACAUUAACGAGAAAGAUAUUGAUGUCUCAAAACCUCCCAUUCAGGAUCCGAUCGUUGAUGGUCUUCAUAAUAUGUUGCUGCAAGUGGAAGAAGAGGAUAGAGAAAAAAAAGAAAAACUGUGGAAAUUAGAAAAAGAUCUGGAUCUCCCAAAACUGACAGAGGUAAACUGA